UCAUUUCUCUCACUCUCUCUCUCCAAAAAUAUACUCCUUUGAAUUUCACGAAAUUCAGUUAUCUUCAUAAAAUUCAUCACAUGUCACAAAAUUGACGAAAAUGGAUUGUUACGAAAACCUAAUAGCUACGGGGCGGGUUGUAUGUCCCAAGCCUCGUCGCGUUUGCCCCUCCAAUUUCAGCAAUUCCGUGCUGCCCUUGAGAUGUCACUUGCGGUAAGAAAUGGUGCUGAGGCGUUUGAUUCGAGAGCCGGCGCUGAAUUGCUAGAUUUAACCCUUUGUAAGGAGGGCUUCCAAGGUGAAGGGUUUACAACUGUAUCAUCAUCUCCCCCAUUUUUCUUUGGCUCUCCUCCAUGCAGAGCUCAAAAUCCUCUUGCACAAGAUGCCCAUUUCAGGGUUCAAAAGCACAGCCCCUCAGCUUCCUCCCCUUCCGAUUCAGCUUCUCUUCCACCAUCCCAUUCUAGAGUGAAGUUUGGACACAAACAAGCAGCGGUAAGAGUUGAAGGUUUUGAUUGUCAAUCCCGUGUUACUACUAGUGCAUGGCAUAGCAUACUAUAAAUUUUGCAUGUAAAAACUUAGAGAGAGAGAACCACUUGCAAGGGAGUGAAGAUAUAAAAAACUUAGGCUGUUAUAUUCUAGAUUAGGGUAGCUUAAUAAUAAAAUUAGGUGAUCUUGAGGAGUAACCCAUGUUCAGCUGACCAAAAGCAAUAAGUCCGGAACAUUGAAGCCGGGGAGGAAGUUAGAGUUUAAUGCCAUUCUUUUUUUUUGUUUUUGUUUAUGGAGGAAAUAUCGAUUGGGAGUUCCUUCCGUUUAUGCGGGAGAUGCUUUGUAAAGAGUGCUUUUUUGUAAGUAUGGAAAAUAUCAUGUCAAAUAGUUGGAAAUAAUUUUGUUCUUGACAGAAGAAAUGAGAUAUGAAGCUUUGUUGCCCUCUGUA